UACAGAUUGAAUCCGAAGAAUCGCUGCAUCAAAUUCAACAAUAGAGAGAGUUUUGAUUCCAUACAUGGAGAGUACGGACUCAUCAACCGGCUCACAGCAGCCGCACCUCCCGCCGGGUUUCCGCUUCCACCCCACCGACGAAGAACUGGUUGUUCACUACCUCAAGAAAAAAGCCGCCUCCGCUCCCCUUCCCGUCUCCAUCAUCGCCGAAGUCGAUCUCUACAAGUUUGAUCCAUGGGAGCUACCAGCGAAGGCUACGUUUGGGGAGCAAGAGUGGUAUUUUUUCAGUCCUCGGGACCGGAAGUAUCCGAAUGGGGCUCGGCCAAACCGGGCGGCGACGUCUGGGUACUGGAAGGCGACCGGAACGGAUAAGCCGGUGCUGACCUCCGGUGGGACGCAUAAGGUGGGUGUGAAGAAGGCCCUUGUUUUCUAUGGAGGGAAGCCCCCAAAAGGGAUCAAAACCAAUUGGAUCAUGCAUGAAUAUCGCCUUGUUGAUAACAAAGUGAAUACAAAACCCCCUGGCUUCGACGUGGCUAACAAGAAAGCCUCCUUAAGGCUUGAUGAUUGGGUGUUAUGCCGAAUCUACAAGAAGAACAAUACAGCUCAGAGACUGAUGGAUCAUGAAAGAGAUGAUCACAGCUGUAUGAAUGAUAUGUUUGCUGGUUCGGUACAAGCUUCACUACCUCUGGCUGCCCAACACCAAAACAAUCCUAAACUGCAGGCAGCACUAAAGGGCUCAAGCUACGGUCCAUUGCUCGAAAAUGAAGCCACUCUGUUUGAAGGAAUGAUGAGCAACAAUGGCGAAAUGAACAACACUGUGUCAAGCUCAAAGCAGCCACAACUACUUUCUACUAAUUUGGUGACCACGGCCUCCAACAACCAUAACUAUCCCCUGAAGUUGUCACUCCCAUCUAUAUACUGGAGCGACGAAGCCACAGCCUCCGGCUCUUCCCUGGCCAAGAGAUUUCAUGCAGAUAAUAGUAGUGGCACCGGAAGUGUCGCAAGGACAGAUGAUCAGAGCAGCAGCUCUUUCGCCACUCUGCUCAGCCAGCUUCCACAAGCAGAGGCCCCUUCAUUGCACCAACAACAAACUUAUCAACAGCAGAACUCCCUGCCAUAUCAACUCCAUGAUGUCAAUUGGUACACUUGAAGCUAGUCUUCAGAGGUCGGUCUCAAUUAUUAUAGACAUAAAUUAUUUAUAACUAAGCAAAGCUCUUUAGUGUAGUUAUAUAUAUACUGCCAACAAGAGAGAUGUUUUAUAUAUAUAUAUAUAUAUAUA